AUGAAUAUUUCCGAGGUUAACUCAUAUCCUAAGGACGAUGAUAACAAUCUCUAUCCAAUAUUACCGAAGAAAGAUCUACCCUUUCGUCCGUGGAAUGCAAAAGCCUUGGACCUCGAUGUUAAGGUCGCGGAUCCAUCAAGAACGGACAUCAAAGUGCCUUUCAAUGAUCAUAAUCAUCAAUACUCGGAUCAAAGAUUGACGCCGGGAACUCCUGAAAUUAUCGAAGGUCAUCGCGUUUAUGAUAUCAAGAUGGACACCACAGUUAACGCUCCCGCGGAAGAAGUAAUCAUGGUAAAUUUUUUUGGUGAAAAUCCGAAGAUAACGACUAGAUUGGAUCACGGUGAACUCGUUCAAAGCAAAAUCAUGGAUGAGAAAAAACAGGCAUCAUUCAUCACAAAUAAUUCGAAUAUGCUUUAUUAUUCUUUAGAACAAUAUUUAACGGGUGAUCAUGAGACUUCAAGACCAAGAUCUAAUAGUGUGACUAUAACGUCCAAAUCAAGGAAGCAUCUUAGCCACUUUCCGACCGUAAAUAGAGAACCUGAAGAAGUUGAAUCUAAAAGAAAACCCUCGUGGACGGGAUAUAACGCUGUGGCAAAAGAGUCAAAGCAUGCCGAGUAUCGUCAGCAAAGAUUUCUCGAGCUGAGUGGUGAUCAUGGCAAACGAUUUCAAAGAAGACCUAGAAACAACAGUACAUCAGAUUUUGAAUUAAUAAGCAAAGAACUUGAGGGGAUCGAUAUUUCUUCGGGCAAGAAUCGAAUCAUGCCUUGGGAAUCAUCGUCUGAAUCCAUAAUUGCGCCGAAGUAUAAUGUCGUUAGAGGAUCGGAAAUUUCUGUUUCAGCUGGGUGUAAAGGAGGGAGCAACAAAAAUCCGGAAUGGAGUCAACCCAAUGUUUCGGAAUUGGCUGAAAACGUCGAAAUCGAAUUGAUCAAUGUGGAAGGAGAUAGGGUUCCAAGAUGGAACCAGCAUAAGAAUAAAAAAAAUUAUACAGACAUUUCCCAAACAGCGGGAAACGCUAGAACUGGAUGGGACGAGAGGGAAAAAAUUGGAAGACAAGGAUGUGAUCACACCAGAGUCUCUCAGGCACCUUGUAAAGUUGGGUGUGAUUGGGCAGGUGAAAAACCGGUCGAAGAUGAACGAGAUCGGCCCGAUAUUUUUCAGGUGGCUGAUGGUAUCAAACCGGGGUGGGAAGAUGAUGCGCAAGAAGGUAGAAAAUCAGAGUGGAAUCAGAUCAAGGCCUUUAAAGAAUUUAAUGAAGUUGGUGACGAUUGGACUGGUGAAAAGUUGACUAAGAAAACGCACGAUAUCCCACAAACGACAUGCCAUGCCAAGUCUGGAUGGGUCGACAACAAUAAAAGCAGAGAAUCAGAGUGGUGGAAUCAGCCUAAAGUCUCUCAAGAAUCUGGCAAAGUCGAUAAUGAAUGGGCUAAUAAAAAAGAACAAAAUUGGAAUUCUGAGGGUUUAGGGGAUAGAGAACCUUUAAAGUCGAUGGAUUGCGCGCCCAUACCGCAGAAUAAUAAGUCGGGUCGUGAAAUAGCCGAAAAAGAAAGGUCAUACUGGGAUCCCGCCGCAGGAGUCAAAGAUAGGUGGUCUGAUGCUGCAAACAUGGAAAUAAGGGAGGAAAAACGUGAUAAUAGGAAAAUCUCAACUUGGGAUGUGCCUCGCUCUCCGAAAGUUAAUGCCCCUUGGGAUGUUCAGGCCGGUUGGAAUAAUCCAGCAAUAAGAGAUGAUUCUCAUAGUGGCUCUGAAGACGUCCGCAAAAUUACCGAAUGGGGCCAUUCGAUCAAGGAAAUUCCUGGCGAUUCUAAAUCGCGCUGCACGAAUGUACAGUGGACAAAUGCAGCUUCAACAAAGGAGAGAGCGGUUCGAAGAACGUCAAAAGGAGACGUUGAAGAGUUCGCCGAAAAAGAUGACAGUUCCGGACAGAGGGUCCAAGUCAAUGUGAAAUCAGAUAAGGUAGAUAUAAGUCAGGACAUCGCCGACAGCAGAGCACAUUCUUCAAAUCCAACCAAGCAAUCGAGGAUGCCAACUACAGAUAUCAAAUCUCGGAACAUGCUUCAAAACGAAACUUCCGAUGCCGAGGUGAAACAACUAAUGUUUGAUGGCUCGAAGUUUGUACCUGAGUCUGGCGCUCCCAGAGUUGAAACCUUGGUCAACCUUGAAUUUUCGCCCCCAGCUCCCGCGACCAUUCUUCCAUCAUCAAAAUUACCAGAAGAAUUGAAGCAAAUUAACUUUGAAGAGUAUAUAAAACAAGAGAUGGAAAAGGAAGUCAAAGAAGCCAGAAGGAAAAGUCAGGAUCCGAGAAUGCUUGAGCCCUAUUUGCAAGCCAAUAUACCUGAAUUCAAGGCUCCCCUGGAGGUUCGUCAGUUCAAGUUCGGACAAAGCAACCCCACCUAUCUCUUAAUUGACGCAAACAAGAGACGCUAUGUUCUUCGAAAAAAACCUUCCGGUGUUCUUCUUUCAGCAAUAGCCCACGCCGUCGAACGAGAAUAUCGAAUACUCGAUGCCCUAGGCAGAAAUACCGACAUUCCAGUUCCCAAAGUUUACCUCCUUUGCGAAGACAGUAACACCUUGGAUACCCCAUUUUAUGUGAUGGAGUUUUUAGAAGGUAGAGUUUUCGAAGACUUACGACUCUUAUCUCUUUCCCCGGAAGAUCGUAGGAAGUGUUGGUAUUCGGCCAUCGAGGUGCUUGCCAAACUUCACUCGGUUGAUUACAAGGCCAUCGGCCUCGGCACUUUUGGAAAAUCCUCGGGUUUCUACCCUCGACAGAUCCGCUCGUUACUUCGAACUUCCGCGGCUCAAGCCGUCGUCAAGGACAAAAAUGGAAAUCAAGUGGGUCCCCUUCCGAGGAUUGACGAUAGGAUCCGAUGGUUUGAAAGAAACGAGGUGCCCGAUGAAACGACCAUAGUGCACGGAGAUUAUAAGCUUGAUAACCUGGUCUUUCACCCGACAGAACCCAAGGUCAUAGGUGUUUUAGAUUGGGAGCUUUCAACUAUUGGACAUCCUCUUUCCGACCUCGCAAAUUUGUUGCUAAACUUCUACAUCAAAGAUUCAAUCGGACCUCUCGUCGGAUUGCGUGACUUAACCGACCUACCCAUCCCUUCGGCUGAUGAAUUGAUGCAAUUUUACUGUAAAAACGUCGGAAGACCGUAUCCAAUACCCCGAUUCGAAUAUGCCAUAGUGUUUUCGUUCUUCAGGGUGAAUAUUCAUUCAACAGUCUUGUGCAAGAAACAGAGCUUUCGCUUAAAUACAAAGUUACACGAUUGUUUAUUCGUUUUACUAAUGCGAAACUUCUUUGUUCGUCAAACAAGCUAUCGGUUAUCGUUCAAGGGAUUGAACAACAUUCGAAGCAAAAAGAGCACGAGCUCACACAAUAAUAAUCCUCAAAUUUCAACGAUGGAAAAAAAUAUGUCCAAAACAAAAGACAUACUCGUGGAAACCAGUUAUAAAGGUACUGACGUUUAUUUCCGCACAACCACGGAGGUAUUCACCACCAUGGAACUUCUGUCGAGUCUUAAUUCGGAAAGUUUCGUAUUAAAUGACGUCAAAAGCGGUCCGGUCGCGGUGGACUUAACGGAACAAAAAAAUACUCGCGAGAAUUAUGAUUCCGAUGACACCAUGAUCUCCGAGAAUCUCGACAACUCGGUAAACUCUUCAUUAUCUUUCGAAAACUUCAAUGAUAAGGAUAAUACAGAAAAUGUAGCAGAAAUUUCUCAUCAUCGCAACGUAAGAAGAACAUUUAGCAUAAGCUCGUCGAUUGAGAACUCGAUUAACGACAAUGAUUUUUCCGGAAAUCCGCCAACAAAGGGAUUCUGCACUCUCACGAGAAAUGGAUCCGUUGGCUCUGAUAUCUUGGUGACCGACAGAGACCAUGAGGCAGGUGGAAGGACGUCUGCCAACGGUUGGAAAGGCAUUUCAAACCGUGAAGAGCUAGUGGGUGGCAAAAUUACUACCAAGGAGAGAGAAGGUGUCGAUGUUGAGCUUAAUGGUGAAGUAAACCAGGAGCAGAAUGAUUACAGCGGAUGCUGCAGAACUGAGGAUGGUACGAAGAUAGUUGAGAAAGGAAAAUUGCAGUAUUUAAUUACUCUGAAAAACAUUCGAAGUCCAAUCUGGGAAUACGAGUCUCAUCUUAUCAACUCCUGUGAACUUGUUCACAAUUAUUGGGUUCGGGUCGGUAGAUCCCAAUUAGAAUCAAUCAAUCAUCCCCUGGUUCAAUUCUUGAAGGUUCCGAAAGAUACACAAGGGGGUACGCCUCUUUCUUAUGCGCAUGUAGGAAGAAAGUUAGAAACGGGUUUCCGUGAAAAAAACAAUAACAUCGAAUCUCAUCGAGAUUUGACGCCACAGCCUUCAAAUAAUAAAGAUUAUCAUUUUGGUCAUGAAAAACAAGGAUCGUGCCACAGAACGCGAGGAGCCUCCAUUCUAUUUGAAGGCUCCGUCGAAAGCGGUAUCAAUUUGAACUCCAACAAGAGAGCUAGGAUUGAGAUUGAGGUUGACGAUUCAACGAUAUUAAAAGCGCUCCGUGAAACAAAUACAUGCACCGACAUAGUCGAACAAAAUGUCGGUCAUCGUGAAGUGGAAACAUCCUUGGAAAUCAGGAGUGAUGAAAAUGAGAAUGUUUCAGGUAUAGAUUUGCAUGCGUACCAGAAGAAUGGUGUCGUUGAUAGGAAUUCGCAAUGCAAUAUAACUCAUAAGGAAACCGAUGAAAAUAAUGGUAAUACCGAAACGUGCAAUGUCAACAUUGCUGACUUGGAUUCUCUUCAAUCAAUUUCUCAUACGGAAGACAGUCAAGAGCGCGUCUCGUGCAAGCAUUUGAACGAAUCCAAUAUUCCUCAACCUGAAGAUUCCGUCCAUAAUGACAUUGCUGCGGACGUUGACGGUGCCCGUAAGGAACCCAAAAUACAUAUUAGUCAUUAUGUAAAUGUUAAUGUUGAUCACAAAGGAAUUGGCGAAUCCAAAAUUUUUCAGAAAGAAGGGUUGGAUUUUUGUCAAAGUAAGAUGGAUAUAGAAAUGGACGUUGACGACCUUCAAAGCGAGAAAAAUUCAUUGCAUGAUGAAUCGACGCAUCUGGACUUUCGUAAAAGUGAAAGUAACGUCAAGCAUUCUCAAGUAAUCCGCCAAGAAUCCAUUAAGCGUGUGUCCGUUCAGGUAAAAGGAUCCGCUUGUCCACUCAAUUCCGAGGCCACCAUCGUUGAGUCGCAUCGCUAUAAUUUUUUGCGUGAAAUCGCAUCGAGAAACGAGACCCACACUAAUGUCGAAGACGAUACGGUGAUUGAUAGAGACAACAUCGACACCAAUAUGGCAUCAACAAAUCAAAAAAGUUGUGGUGAAUUUGAGUGUAAAUCUUUACCGACGAGCGAUCACAACAAAGAAAGUGAAGAGAAAAAUAUUCAACCUUAUGAUACCAGGAAAAGAAAAGGUGAAGACGAGAUUGAUUUCAGAAUUUUUAAACUCAACCCCAUAUUGCCUGAAGAUGAUGAAUACGAGGACUUCUCGGAAGAUAGUAACACGUCAACUGGAAACGUCAGUAUAGUUACAAAUUGGGAUCCAUAUGUAGAAUGCAUUGAGACUGUCCAACGAGAUCCCAGUACCAAGAAGUUGUAUAUGGUUAUUCGAUGGAAAAACGGACUGAAGACUGUUCAUUGGGCCGAUGAUGCCAACCAAAAAUGUCCUCAUAAG